AUGUCGAAGCCUACGCUCUACACUUUCAAGCUCUCCAUUUGGUCGGCGGUCACGGAUAUCGCUCGCGUCGAGCUCAAGCUCACUGACAAGAUCAACACCAAGACCAUCGACGUCGUCGAGGCUGAGAACACCUCUCCGGACUUCAUUAAGAUCGCUCCCAACGCGACGCUCCCUGCUCUGCAUGCCGAUGGCAAGACCUACGGAUCCACGAUCGAUGUUCUCGACUACUUGGUGAAGGUCUCCGACGUCAAGGUUGCUCCUGCUACGGAGAUCACCACCAAGAUCCACGAGGACAGUCUCGACCCGAACUUCAUGUUCCUCGCCGCACGCAACGACGAUGAGCUCGCGGCCAAAGCCAAAGGUUUCCAGCGCAUCCUCGUCUCCACCCGUCUCGGCAAGAUGCAGGAAUACGCCGCGUCCUCCGAAGGCGCCGCCUUCAAGUCAGUGUAUGACGCCCGCAUCGAGGGCCACUCGGGUCUCCUGGCGCUCUACGACGGCAAAGCGCCCGCCGAAGCCAAAGCGGGCUUCUUCGCCGCCUCGCAGGCGAACUACGAUGCCGCGCGCGCCUUCAUCCUCGACACGCUGCCGGCGGCCAUCACUUCAGGCCCCUUCAUCGCGGGCGCCGAGCCGGGCGUCGAUGAUUUCCACGUCGCUGCUUGGCUGUUCCAUGUUGGGCUUUGUGCGGGCGCGGGUCAUGUUGAUGAGGGGUUGGAGAAGAUAGGGAAUUGGAUUGGGGCGGAGGUUCCUGGGAAGGUGAGGGCGCUGUGGGAGGCUUGGACAAGGAGGGAGGGGUGGAAGAGUACGUACCCGGAUGGGGCGUUGCAUUAG